AAUAUAUUCGCGCGUAUGCAUUGUUUACUAGAAAGUGGAAGUGGAAAUCCACGUGUUGGUUAAGUUGAAGGACCUGUUCUGUGGCAAUCCGUGUUUGAAUGAGUUGACUUCGGAGUUGAAGUGCACAUUGGUCAUAUGUGUUUUUAUUGCCUUUUGAAAUACAUGUAACGAUGCAAUCUGAAGAGAAAACAAGUGAAAUGAAUGACGAAACAAGAAAUGAGUUGAUAAAAAAACUAGACCAAGAUAUGGAUGAAUACAUAGAAAAAAUGAAGAAGGAGUCUGCAGAUAAAUUAGCUCGAGGGGAGACAUCUGAUGCUGAGCUGUCUGUUGAGGAGUUAAUGCAGCAUCCAGCCUUUUUGAAAGAGAUUGAUUACAGUAAGCCACUGUCUCCAGAACUGCAGGGCUUGAUAUCAUUGAGAUAUGAGGACAAUGAUGAUAUAAGAGAUAAGGCAGAGGCAUAUAAGGAGGAUGGAAACCAUAAUUUCAAAUACAAGAAGUACCGCUUUGCCGUGGCUAACUACACAGAAGCCAUAAAAUGUGGCUGUCCAGACAAAAAUUUCAAUGCUAUUCUGUAUGCAAACAGGGCUGCUGCACACUUUCAUUUGGGAAAUUACAGAUCUGCAUUUAAUGACUGUGUCAUUUCCAGAAAGUUCAAGCCUGAUCACAUGAAAGCAAUUGUAAGAGGGGCACACUGUUGUUUGAAUAUGAAGAGAUUUGAAGAUGCCAUGAAGUGGUGUGACAGUGGUUUGUUGGUAGAACAGACAAAUGCAAAGCUCCUGGAAAUGAGAGCUGAAGCUGAGCAGAAAAAGAAAUCACAAGAUCGAGACAAACGAAAAGCAGAAAUGAAGGAAAGAAAAGAAGCCGAGAAGGAACAGAAGCUUAUUAGUGCAAUUAAGAGUCGAGGUGUAACUAUAUACAGGUCAAGUAAAAAGGGGGAUAUUUCUUUGAGUCUCAGUGAUCUUGAGUCACACCAUCCAGCUGGUGUUAAGGUCAACUUAGAUGCAUCUGGUGUGCUUCAUUGGCCAGUUCUAUUCCUGUAUCCAGAGUAUGGAGAGACAGAUUUUUUACAGUCAGUGUCAGAAAACUCGAGGUUGUGUGACCACAUUGAACAUAUGUUUGGCAGUGAUACAGAACCUCCCUCAUGGGAUUUAGAAAAGAAAUAUACACCUGCUAGAAUUCAGGUUUAUUUUGAAGAAAAAGAAAAAGAAUGCUUACACAAAGUAGAUACAAGCGAUACAUUGGCUGGUAUACUAAAAGAUAAAAGAUAUGUGGUACAAGCAGGGACACCUUCCUUUAUACUACUGGCUGCUGAAUCUGAAUUUGAAACACACUUUUUGACAAAAUAUGGAUACAGAAAAUGAAACCAGCAUCUAUCUGCUAUUGAAUAAGGGAAAUGUUUCUGUUUAACUUAAAAGAAUAUGUUUAUCACAAUACAUGCCACAUUGUAUAACAUUAAACACUUUAGGAACACAGUUCAAGUCUGCAGUCACCAUAUUAAAAUAGUCUUCUACUUAGAAAUGAAAAAUCUGCACAUGAACUGAUAGAAGACCUUAAUGAAACUGGGCACCAUAAAAUGGAUGCAUGGGAUGUGGUAGUUUAUUAGGAGUGUCAAUGUUAGAGAUACAUGUAUGUGGUAACAACAGUAUUUGGUCAGAUCCAUCUUUAUUCAUUGGAUAUUUGAUGUUGGUAAACAAAUUUCCAAAAGAUACUGUUUAAAAAAUAACCAAAGGAUGGAUGCCCCAAAACUUUGAUACAUAUACCUUUGGAGGAUGCUCAGUUUUAAGAAAACCAUUUUAUUAUAAAAGAAGAUUUAUCUAAGAAAACAUUUUAUUACAAAAGAUCUUAAACAGUGUAUACAGAGGGUAUGUAUCCAUUAGUGGUAUGGGUGGCUUUUCCUGAUAAAAUAAUAGUUAUAUAUGAAGUUCAGCAUCUACAGGUAAAUUGAGAACAGCAAUAUACAUUGUAGCAGGAAAUGCAUAUUGUUCUACUCUUUACUGGAAAAAAUAAACAAUUGUGAAGAUGAUAUCUUUUCACCAUGACCAGCUUAUCAACUGACUGUUAAGAUCACUUCAAUAAAUAAAGUAAUGAAAACAAAACUCGUUAUUGUAGCCAUGUUUGUCAAAAAAUAAUUGUUUGUAAAUUACCUAAUUUCAUAGUGUUUUUUGACCAUGUUUGCAAACACAAUGUUUUUUUGUUUUUUUUUUUAAGGAAAAACCUACUAUGCAUUUAGGGCCCAGUAUACCGAGCCCUUUGGGUUCAUGUCACAAAAAAAUGCCAUUUUUGGUGGUUUAUAUCUGGCAUACAGAGACAUGCUGCUUACAUUGCGUUCCACCAAAAAGAUAUAGAAGACUGCUUAUCUGGUGUUUUUAUUCUUUCAAGCAACUCCCUUGAGUAAAUUGUUAUUGCCUUGACUAUGGAUUUUAUGCGGUCCCAUAUACUUGUAUACUCUGAUCAGUGUGUCUGUCUGUGCCGUUGCCGUCCAAACCAUCAGCUCCUAUCUAUAACUGCCAAACCGUAUUUUUUUGUUACAUAAAUGACAAAAGUUAAUGAUUUUUUGUCUGUUUGUUUCAUGCUUUUAGUGACAUUUGCCCCAUAAGUGCUGUGCAACCAUAUUUUCAUUAAUAUUCGCUGAAUGGCUUAACUGGCAGAAAGGCAGAUUCCUUUAUCAAAUAAGUAUGAUCAGAUUAUUUGUUACAAAUUUAAGUGUUUAUUAUUAUUAUUUUUAUCUAUUACUACUUUGAAUAUUGUUACAGAUAUUUUUUCUGUUUGGUGUCUGUAUAUUUGUAAGCUUUGCUGUCUAUUUGCUAUCAGCCUAAUACAAAUAUUUUAUGUCUAUCA